CCAGGGUCAUGCGCUAUGGUGCAGUCCCACUAUCCAUCCACCUGCGCUCUCUCCACAGCGACCUACUCUGAGGACGGGAACCUCAUUUACACUGGCAGCCUGGGCCGUGCUGUUCGAGGGGUGAAGAUGUUCUCUUACAGCACCAGCGGGGCCAGCCUCCUCCUCAUGCCCCAGAUCCUCCUGAACACUGCACCAGCAGUCCAGGGCUUCGCCCUGCACGCCGCUUUCUGUGUGGUCAUUAGCUUCUUCACCUUCCUCACACCUGUCCUCCUCCACCUCAUCACCAAGGGCUACGUGAUCCGCCUGUACCACAACCCAGACAGAGACACCUACACUGCCAUCACCUGCAGUGUCUUCCUCACUGAAAAAAAGACUGUGUUCCACCAGAGCCAGGUCAGGAUCCCAGCUGUCAGCAGGAUGUUCACCACCUUCUACAUUGACAACAAGGGGCUGCUGGUAAACCCAGACCUGUUCACCCAACCGCACGACUACAACCACCUGAUGGGCUAUGAUAAGCCCUUCAGCUUCAGCACAGAUGACAUGGACAAGCCUGAUAAGUGCUGAACGGUCGCCACCAGGUAGAAUGUGGUGAUAGCAUAUGAAUCCACAGUUCCAAACUGUACAGUACGUAUGCUGUGUUUCUACCAGGCUGGAACGUAUACUGAGGACUUGGGAACCAAAAUAUUUUCUCAGCUACAUUAGAUGUUUGUGUCAGAUAUUUCAUGGUAAUAAAUGUAACUUCACUAUUA